UUAUGAGGCGAAUUUCUUCUCCAAAGCUUUCCAAAAAAAACAAAAGCUGAGUCAUGGUUUUGGUAAGACAUCGAUCUGCCUCCCUAUCAAAAACACGAGGCCCUAGCUUGUACAUACAACGAGCAUGCGAGUCCCGUGCCAAAAGCUCAUAAACUAAGAUAUUGCUACCUCGAUCUACUGAUCUGAAAUGGGGGGGAUUUUGUGAGCUCACAGCCCAGUAAGUAAUAAGCUUAAGCUAUAAACUUGGGUUCUAAGACCCUUAGACCUAUCCACACAAAGAGCAUAAGACACAACGGAAUCAAAUCACAUAAUAUUAUAAUUCUCAAAUCAUAAGCACAAAUGUCGAAAUUGAAUUCAUAUACUAAAAUCAUAUGCUCACAAAGAUGAUGUCACAAGCGCAAUGCAUAAAAUUGAAAAUCACACAAUGCUAUGGAGUCCACUGAGCAAAAAUCACACCCAAAUCAAACAAUAGAAAGGACUAACUCACUAUCUUUGCCAUAUAAACCCCAAAAUUAAGGAUAUCUCUAAUAAAAGUUUAAUACCCAAAAAUCUUAUAAACUAAAGGAUUAAAGUCAAAUCUCACCAAUUUAAACUACCCAAAACUCUAACCCAAAAUUCAUAACUAAAACUUAUACUUAUCUAACAAAAGCACCUUAACUUUGGUUGGAGAAAGGAGGAAGAAAAGGAUGGAGGUGGAAGAGGAAGGCAUAGGAAAACCAAAUGAGGCUUUUGGGGGCCUUCUGGAGGCUUAUCCAAGCUUCCACCGACAAAGACCAAAAACUUGGUUGGGAAAAUGCCAUGUGAUGAGGUUGAGGAAGAAAGCAUCUCGGUAUACCUUUGUUAAUGACGUCCUCUACAAGAGAUUUUUCUCACUCCCUCUACUCUGCUGUUUGAACCCUUAUGAGGUUGAAUACGCACUUCGGGAAGUGCAUGAAGGUGUCUACGGAAGUCACAUAGGUGCUCGAACUUUGGCUCAUAAAGUCCUUAGACAAGGUUAUUAUUGGCUCAACAUGUAUAAGGAUGCCACCCAGUUUGUACAGAGGUGUCAGAAAUGUCAGUUCUUCGCACACCUAACCCACCAGCCAGUAGAAGAGCUCACUAGUCUGGUAGCACCUUGGCCGUUUGCUCAGUGGGGAGUUGACCUUUUAGGACCAUUUAUGAAAGGGGUAGGAGGUGUAACCCAUCUAAUUGUUGGUGUGGAUUAUUUUACAAAAUGGGUUGAAGCUCGGCCAUUAUCCAGUAUUACCUCUAAGAGGGUCGAAGACUUUCUUUUCAGCUCAAUCAUUUAUAGAUAUGGAAUCUCGAAUCAGAUUGUGGCUGAUAAUGGAACUCAGUUCAACUGCUCCUCAUUUAGAGAUUUCUGCUCCAGUUAUGGGAUCAAGUUGUGGUUCACCUCGGUGUACCACCCAGAGUCUAAUGGGAUGGUAGAAUUUGUCAACAAAGUUAUACUUAAGGGAAUAAAAUCAAGGUUAGAGCUGCAUAAGGCCAGGUGGGCAGAUGAGCUCAACAACGUCCUUUGGGCAUACAGAACCACGAGCUGAACUGCCACAGGUAUUACUUCA